CCAGUAGGUGGCGGUAGACUCCUACAAGAUGUUUGCAAUCUGCUAGCAAACGGAGAGAAGAAAACAAAGAAGACGACGAAGAAGAAGAAACGACAACAACACGGAAAAGAGAAGAAGUGACAGCUGCUAAACCUCGGAAAGGAAGGGCAACAUGACUCGACAUGGGAAGAACUGCACGGCUGGAGCUGUCUACACUUACCAUGAGAAGAGGAAGGACACAGCGGCGUCCGGUUACGGCACACAGAGCGUCCGCCUGGGCAAAGAUGCCAUCAAAGACUUUGACUGCUGCUGCCUGUCCCUGCAGCCCUGCCAGGUUCCUGUGGUGACCCCAGAUGGAUACUUGUAUGAGAAACAGGCCAUUCUUGAAUACAUUCUUCACCAGAAGACAGAAAUAGCCAAAAAGAUGAAGGCUUAUGAGAAGCAGAAGCAAGCCCAAAAGAGCAACAACCAGCUGGAGUCUAAAUCUGAGGAACGUCAGAGAGUGGAGAGGUUUAAAACCAGUGAGCACAACAUCGUGUCCAAGCCCAUAAACCCUUUUACAUCUGGGCAGAAGAAAGACAGCGAAGCGAGCAGCUCAGCAGAAGCAUCCACUGCCGGCCCAGCCACCACCUCCAGCCAGAGCCUGCCCAGUUUCUGGAUCCCCUCUCUGACCCCAGAGGCUAAGCCUACUCUGCUUAAAAAACCGAGUAAAGCUGUGUUAUGUCCCAUGUCUGGACGGCCCAUAAAGAUGAACGAUCUAAUCACUGUGCACUUCACUCCACUGGACCCAAGCCUGGACAGAGUGGCCUUGCUCAACCGCCAGGAAAGGUAUGUGUGUGCAGUGACCAGAGACGCCCUGGGUAACAGUGUGCCCUGCGCCGUCCUGAGACCCUCAGGGACUGUGGUGACUCAGGAGUGUGUGGAGAAGUUGAUCAAGAAGGACAUGAUUGAUCCCGUGUCUGGAGAGAAGCUCACAGACAGAGACAUCAUCCCACUGCAGAGGGGUGGAACCGGCUUCGCAGCGUCUGGAGUUGACCUCAGCGCCAAAGAGGCGCGUCCAGUGAUGCAGGCAUGAGCGCAUGGAGGAUGUGUGUCUGCCACUGCUCACAGUGAUUUUAGGCCCAUCUUAUAUGUGCCUGAGUGAAAUGUCAAAGCCUGAUGUGUUUCUGGAAUAUCUUUGGAGCUUGUUGCAACCUGUAAAUCCAUUUUUUUUCUUUAAGCAGCAGCCCUGUGACCUAUACUUCCUAUGUAUUUUCUUUUUUUCUUUUGAAUGAAUGCUGUUGCCUGUCUAAAUAACACAAUAAAGGAAAUAGCAAUUAUAAGGA